AGAGGCUUCCGUGUGGUGUGACGUUGCCGCGGUGGGAGGGACUGAGGCGCUCGCGCGCCGGUCUGAGAGAAUCCGAGCGUCCUCCGCGUACCAGCAGCGGCUCGUGCGCGGUGUUGGAGGGUAUCAGUCUGCCUGUGACUCUCCAAAGAUUGAAGGCCCAGCUCUUGUCGGUAAUGAUGACAAAGAGGCGGAUAAUGAUGACUGAUUUGCGGCCUGUCCCUCUUUUGGCCAGCAGUUUUGUGUGAGGGGUCAGGAGGGCCGUGGAACUAAACUGGAGGGUCUCCAAAGGACAGGGCAGCAGAGAAGAUGUCUGCAAACACACCUACCUCAGCCCCGCCCCCUAAAAAGAGCAGGGGGAAGCAGGAGGCUCUGGAGGUAGCCAAUGAGGAGCUGAAGACCAAACUGACUGACAUACAAAAUGAGCUGCAGCAAGAAAGGAUGAAGGUGUGUAAGCUGCGGGAACGGGUACAGGAGCUGCGUGGCCAGCGGGACGCUGAACAGCACAAGCACUCAGUGAUGCUAACGGAGCUGCGGGUGAAGCUGCAUGAGGAGAAGCAGCGGGAGGUGGCGACAGCGAGAGAGACACUGUGCCGACAGCAUGAAGCCGAGCUGUCCCGGGCCAACCGCCUGCGUGAGGCCGAGAUGACCCGCCUGCAGACCCUGGUCAGUGUGCUGCGGGACGGGGCCAGUGCAGAGCUGAGGAGCGCCCUGAAGGAGGAGGCCCGUGAGGAGGCACGCAGGAGCCACGAGGCAGAGAAGCUAAAACUGGCGCAGGAGCUGCAGGAGGCCAAGGUGGCUCGGCGGCAGGCAGAAGAGGCGCUGGCUCACGCCGUCCAGGCAGACAAGGCCAAAGCAGCUGACCUCAGGGUAGCCCACCAGGCCCAUCAGGACGAGAUCCAGCGUAUCAAACGUGAGAGUGAAAGGGACAUCCGGAGACUGAUGGAGGAGCUGCGGGGCAGGGAUCGUGUAGUUCAGGCUCUGGAGAAGGAGCUGGGUGUGCAGGCAGGUCAGACCCAGCGGCUGCUGCUGCAGAAAGAGGAGGCCGAACGGCAUCACGGAAGCCCAAAGAGAGAAGUGGUCCCCAUACUCGGAGAGAACAACGACUCCUAUAUCAGCCAGGAGAUAGAUGAGAGGGACACUCGCAGGUUCCAGUUGAAGAUUGCUGAGCUGCAGGCCGUCAUCAGGAAACUAGAAGACAGAAACACACUGCUGUCAGAUGAGAGGACUGAACUGCUGAAGCGUGUUCGAGAAACGGAUGGACAGAUGAAACCUCUAUUGGAGAAGAACAGGAGGGUCAGUAAAAAGAACGAAGAGCUGCUGCAGACCUUACAACGCAUGGAGGACAAACUAAAGACCCUUAGCCGUGAGAACGCAGAACUGAAAGAGAAGGUGAGCUCUGAGCCUCAGCAUACACUGCUGAAGAGGCCCAGUUCUCUAACUGAUCUAAGCCACACCCAUGAACAGCACGAGGUGGAGUUUCUGCGGAUGCAAGUCAGCGAACAGUGCAGUGUCAUUGAGGAGCUAAAGCAGGAGAGGGACAGACUGAUAAUCAACAGAAAGACCAAAAGGAAGAACAUCAAACUCCCAAAGAGACAUGUUGUGGAGACAUAUUUUGGAUUUGAUGAGGAAUCCAUUGAUUCAGAAACCUCUUCUCUGACAUCCUACAAUACCGACCGUACAGACCACACCCCCGCCACACCAGAGGAGGAGCUUGAGGAUGCCUUCUCUCGGGAGGAGGCGGAGCUUCGUUUUCGGCAGCUGACACGAGAAUAUCAGGCACUGCAGCGAGCCUAUGCCCUUCUCCAGGAAACCACAGGACCCCUGGACCCUGAAAGACACUGCAGGACGCGGGAGCAGCUGCAGGCGGACCUGAAUGCCUGCCAGGCCCGGAUCGCUGACUUGGAGAGGAGCCUGGCAGAGAAGGGGCAGGAUUCAAAGUGGGUGGAGGAGAAGCAGACUCUCAUCAGGGUUAAUCAGGAACUGAGAGAAAAGAUAGAGUCACUGGAGAAGUGUGCGCUAGGCUUGCGGUCCGAGGUUCGGGACACGCAAGAGCAAAACGAGCUGCUGGAGUUCCGCAUCCUCGAACUGGAAGAAAGGGAGCGGCGUUCCCCAGCCUUUAACCUGCAUUUCUCUGCCUCGGAAAACAACAGCAGCCUGCAGCUACACUGCCAACAGGAAGGCAUCAAGGAUGUCAUUAUUCCUGAGCUCAUGAAGAAGCUGGACAUACUGGGAGACAAUGGGAACUUGCGGAACGAGGAGCAGGUAACGGUCAUUCAGGCCAGCACUGUCCUGUCCCGCUGUGAAAAGUGGCUGAAGCAGAUAGACAGCACAGAGGCAGCUCUCACACAGAAGAUGAUUGAUCUUGAGAAUGAGAAGGAGCUGUUCAGUAAGCAGAAAGGCUUCCUUGAGGAGGAGCUGGACUACAGAAAACAGGCCUUAGACCAAGCCCACCUGAGGGUUCAGGAGCUGGAGGCCACACUGUAUGCAAUGCUACAACAGGAGCCAGACAACCGACUGGCUGAGAGUUUGAGUGACAGGCAGCGGGCAGAGCUGGCAGAGUCCAUGGAGGCCGUGCGGAGGCAGAUCCUCAGGCAGAGCCGCCAUGCAGAUACACUGAUCCUACAGCAGCGCAUGGAGCUCCUCCAGUCCGCACAGCAGAGGAUCAGAGAACUGGAGGACAAGAUUGAUAUGCAGAGACGACAAAUCAAAGAGAUCGAAGAGAAGUUUUUAUUUCUUUUCUUGUUUUUCUCCCUAGCUUUUAUUCUCUGGCCUUAAAUACAUUUACACAUACACACAUUCAAACGCACUGAAAAAUAUAAUAUAGUCAAGCCUUCUUACAAGGAAUAAAGUAACUGAUCACAGGUUAUUUCUUGAGUUAACUUAAUUUUAUUCACACAAAAGUUGGUACUACAUCUCAGUUUAGUCAACAAUACUUUUUGAGUUGAGCCUCAAAAACAUCAGUAAAUAAGCUACAGCUGAAAUUGUCUAAGUGUGUAAGAUGUUUAGUCUGACACUUGUAAAGGAUUUAAAUAAUAGCCUUAUACAUGAAGAGCAGGCAUUAAAUAUGAGCCACAUGCAAAAAAUCACAGUUCUGUUUACUUAGUACUCCCAUCAACACCACAGGAGUCUGAGAAUGUGAUAUGAUAAUCAUACAAAAGUCUAAGAUAUACUAAGAUUCUCCUAUAUUCUAAACAGCAGAUGUGAAUUAACAAUAACUCAUUAAGGGGGAAGAGCCACAGACAUAAAUAUAUAAAUUGGCAAGGAAUAGGAUGUAAAUCCUUUGGAAUUUGUUUUCUACAUAAAUGUAAUAUUUCGUAAAAUGUUAUCUGAUUUUCAUCCAAGUUAAGGGUAUUAACAAAUAUAUUGUUCCUGAUAUAGUAACACAAAAAAUCUUAUGAUCGUUAAGAAGAAACAUAAAAACUUUAAAGUGCUAGUGGAAAAAGUAUGUGCUAGUAUGAUAACCCUUGUAUUAAUGACCUCAAAAAUACUAAUUAGAGUCAAAUGUCAGCAUACCUUCUGUCUUGCUAGUUUGGAGGUGUGGACUAAAGUUAAUUUGACUAAUAAAAAACACUGAAACUUUGUGAUUUUGCUCUGCACAAAAAGGAUGGCACAAAAGAGCUUUCAAAUGAUCUACAAAAAUAAAUUAAUAAUUGGUAUAGUGAUUUCAAAGACUGUAGAAAUUCACCACUCUUUAAUGCAGCAAAGCAGUCUCGAUGUAUCAAAAAAUUCUACAGGAUAAUGUAAGAGUGUCUGUAGAGCAGCUAAAACUCUGUAGAAGCUGGGUGAUGCAACAGGACAAUGACCCAAGACAGGAUACAACAUACUUAAUUUAAAUGGGAAAUAGUUGUUACAUUUUACUGUAUUUAUGUUUAUUUGCAUCUGUUCAAAUCAUAUGUGGUGAUUUUUUUCAGGCAAAAACACUCGUAUUGCUGUGAUAAAUGGAGUAGUGUAAUUUGCUUUGGUGCCUAAAACUUUUGCACAGUACUGUACAUUGCUAAAGUAGUUCUGACAGGUAGAAUGGGCUUAUAUUCCUCCUGAACGAUGUGCAGGUCUCAUGCAGAGCUACAUGAAAUGCUUGAUGAGGUUACUGCUGCCAGGGGGUCAACCAGGUCACUUACAACUACCACUUUGAGUGUUGAUUUAGUGUGUUGAAUAAAGACCUGCAGGGUCAAAUAUUUUGUGUUAUUAUUUUAGAUACAUUAUAUUUGUUAAUACCUUUCACUUGGAUAAAGGACAUAUUAUUUUAUAUAAAAUAUAUAAGCAAUUUCAGUUGUAGCUCAUUUGAUUUUAUUUUACAUUAUGUAUUGUUGAAAAAACAUAAGUUAAGAUACCUCGAGUUAAGUUAAGUCAUUAGUUACUUUAUCUUUUUAAUAAGGCCAUACUGUAGAUAUAUUUUACAGUGCACAAACACACUCACACACACACACACACAUCCCAGGUGCAGUAUCUGAAUGGAAGUUACAGACUCCUCUUGCCACUUCUGAACUCUGGUCAGACGAACAUUCCUCAGUUAUUUUAUGAUCUUUUUAAUAUUUUUAUGCAUUUCAAAUUGUCAACAUCACAGAGUCCAGGUAAAAGCUGCUUCACUCAGUCUCUCUUAACUGAUUAUAGUAUAGAAUAAAGUGUAUUAUUUUAACCUGAACAUUUGUUAUAAUGAGUGUAUUAACACACCUCUACACUUGUCUAAUAAUUGCUUUUAGUUUCAAUAAAUAAAGUUGUAUUUUCUUCA